AUGGCUAGCUAUUUGCGUUUUGGUGCGAAGGGGACGAAAAGGCCAUUAUUGAAGGCUAGCAUGACGGGGGGCCGAAUUGCAGCCGGGAAGAUGGAUAUACAUGCUUUCAAAGCCUGGGCCGAACCCGAGGACCUUUCGACACGCACAGCCGUCAUGUUGCACGACAAGUCGCCCACUCGAGACGGAAGCGAGGGCCAGCAGCGCUGUGAUUUUAUGGAGCCAGAGGAUGGGCUGCAAGAGUGGCGGGGAUGCGGAAAACCAGCUUGUGGGUUGUGGGCAGGGUCGACGAUGCUUGCGGUAGGCGCGGCAUAG